CCCGACGCUUGUCUGUGUCCGUUGCUGCAGCCAUUUCGGGCGAGAAGUGCCUCCGGUAAUUACAAUUUCGGGAACCCGCUUGCCUCAUAUAUUCCUAACGAGCUUUCGAUGACGUCAAAGUAAUGGAGAAAUGACUUCUGCAAGCGAAUUUCAGAGCACCGUGAAGGCUCGCACAUAGUAGAUGUGCACAGAAAACAAUGGCUCUCGUAUGAAUAAAUUACGUUGAACAUAACAGGCUAUCCAAGUUGAUUGGACGCGCAGGUGAGCUUCGCACGAAGAAGUCCGGACAACCACUAUUCAGUGUGUUUUGAAGUCAGAUUGGGUUCGAUUAAUAUCCAACUUCAGUUUCUGAGCAUGGUGUUGGACGUUAAGAUCAUGCGGAGGACAUACAGAUUACUUGCCAAACGAAUCGGCAAUAUGUUCGGGGAAGAAAUAUAAAUGCACAGAACUGCUGCGCCUGUCUGCUGACAAAACGACUUCUUGCGCCACUGCUCCCAUGUUACGCACAGACACAAGGAGCCUUUGAGGGGUACUGAAGAGGACUUGUGUGGCAUAUCAAAUAGCACCAAAGAAAGCGGAUCAUUGAAGCAAAAGAGAUAAGCAGAAAAUCAUUUGCAGACGGGUCAUGGCACUUUUCUGUUUAAAACCGCCAAAGCAACAGUCACUGUUCUACUAAAACAAAUGUGAAGCGAGUCCCUUUCGGAAGCGGCUGCUCACUGGAAAAGAUCUGGCGAGCCUGCAUCAUCAUCGAUUCGUUUCUGGAAUUAACACGGUGUUAAUGUAAGGAGGCAAGGUGAGGAUAGAGGGGAGAAGUUGUGUACAUGAGAGUAUAGUUAUUUUAUGAAACAUGUCGUUCAGAAGACUAGUUUUGGUUGUUUGGUCUGCGGCAUUUCUCGUUGAACUGCAUUGCGCUUCGCAAAGGACCACCGCGGGCUUCACUUUCCCUACCUCAGGAUACCUAAAUAGUAGUGGGGAUGCAAGUGAUAAAAACAGCUCCAGACUCAAAAGGAAGACCCUGGCCGUGGAUUUUGCCGUCCCCUCUCUCCUGCGAUACUACAUGGCCAUGUUCAUUCAGCGACCACUAAAUGGAGAUUGUGUAACUUUUAACGGGUGCUACACAGUGCGCGCAAUCCUAAAAAUGCAUUGUGUACCUUUGCAGAAAACCAUAUCAAGCUUACUGGACACAAAGUUGGCUGCAAUCGACAGUGUUGACAAGGAGAGGGGGAACGGCUCCAGCACUGGACAGCUCCCAUAUCGACAAAAGCGUCCGAUGCCUAAAGUUCUGAAUUUGGGGUUGACAAAAGCCAGCAGGAAAUCAAAUCAAGUUGUUGUAGAGAUUGGAGAGGAUAUGGUCAAAACUGGAUGUGAUGGACUGGUUGUCUAUGAAGAUUAUCCUGCGUAUUUCCUGGAAAUGGACCUAACUCGUAUUUUGGACUGGUGGCUGGGAGCAGAAGGGGGCCGUUUGAGAGUGCGACUCAUGCCCGAGCGAAAGGCGCAGGUUCCGGGAAAAGAGGACAAGUACUCCUCUGCAAUAAGAGCAGCGGAUCCUCGGCUUUUCUUUCAGAUCGCCUCAAGUGGUGAGCCGCAGCCUCGGAGCAAAACCCGCAGCGGAGUCCCUCGGGGUUACUGGAACUUUUCGUGGACAGCAGAGGACGAGUUCAGCUUUGCGGAGGACACGGCCCCUUUGCCAGAGCUUAGAUGCCUCAACAACAAGAUGUCAUGUGAUCACCUUACCGGGGACCACUCGGAGUUCACAUGGAGUGUGACUGCUGCCGAUGACCUCUGGGCACAUGAGCAUGGGGGCGUAGAGAAGAGCGGAGGCCGAUCUGGUGGCUGGCAUGGGGGGCAGUUCCUCAUGGUAAACGGCUCUAUGCUGGGAGGCCCCUGGGUGCAGACUCCAUGGUUUAAUGGCGGCCACGGCUCCUGCGAUGUCGACAUGACCGUCUUCCUGCACCCACGGCAGAAGGGCCGAUACACAUUCUGGCUCACUGAGAGGGACAAAGCCCCUGUGGUCCUUUUCACCACAGACCCCGCACGCAUCACAGGCUGGGCCCUGGUUCAUCUCAGCUUGGGCUCGAGAAGCAGCAAUGGACCAUUCCGCAUCUCCUCCGGCUACAGUCAGCCAGGCGAACAGGAGGCAGCCACAUUCAGCCCCCACUUCACUACAAACUGCAGUAUGGAUUCCUCUGUCAGCAUGCACAUCACCCUCCAGGGACGCUACCGCUGCCAAGGAGGCCCAGAGAUCUUGCUGGAGCAGCUGUGUGACUUCAGGGUGGACUGCCCACGGGGUGAUGAUGAAGGCACUCCCUGCCGUCAGUUCCUUAACGGCAGCUACUGCUCUUUUGAAGAUGGUCUUUGUGGUUGGCAGACUAUAGCAGGCAAAGGCCCAUCCUGGAGGUCUCAGCCAUCUUUGCCCAAGAGUAUCAGAUCCAGCUGUCCAUCUUCUUCAGGGGCUGUGCUGACGGUUGAUAAUGGUCAGUCUAGAGGUCAGAGAGGAACAGCAUUGCUACGUAGCCCGUUUUUCUCACCACCUCUCCGGAAUGCCAUGUGCUCGCUUCGGUUCUGGAUGUGUGGUGGAAUCCACAAUGGUGUGCUCAGUUUGUCCUUGCUGGAGAACAGCACAGUGCCCGAUGGAUGGAAAACAAAAUGGCAGUCCAGCAGUGACCCCAAGCUACAACAAGGAGGCUGGCAGCUCAUUACUGUCCCACUCUACGGCCUAGCUGACUGGUUUUGGCUGCAGUUCAGCACAUCUGGGCCUGUGACCACAUUUGCAGUGGAUAAUCUGUCCCUCAGCAUGGAUUGUUUUCUGUCUUCAAAUGGAGAGAUUCCACCUGUGGUGACGAGCACACCUCCGAUGACCGUGAGCCAGUUGCCUGAUCAGACCACCAUGACCGCCAUUCCCGAUGAAGGACUGCUCUUACCAGAGGACUCUUCCACGAAAUGGACAUUCCUCACAUGUGGUGCAAUCGGCCCCGAGGGACCCACACAAAACCAGUGCAACAUUGCAUAUCGCAACAGCAGUGUCAAUGUUACCGUGGGAACAAGAGCACCUUUCCAGGGCAUCCAAACCUGGAUUGUGCCUGAAACAGGGGAAUACAGAAUCACAGCGUACGGUGCAUCAGGUGGUCUCAGUGUGAUGGACGUGGGCAGGUCACAUGGCAUCUACAUUGUUGGGGACUUUGACCUGAAGAAGGGUGAAGUGCUCCACAUCCUGGUUGGCCAACAAGGGGAGGAUGCCUGCUCUAAUGUGAACACAGCUCUAAGUAGAUUCUGUUCGGAGCAGAAAGGCCCCAUGGUGAACAAGUCUAUGAUCAGAGGUGGGGGAGGAGGAGGCGGGGGUGCCACCUAUGUCUUCAAGGUGGACAAUGGAAUCCACAAGCCCUUGCUAAUUGCAGCAGGAGGUGGAGGUAGAGGCUACAACAGCCAUCCCGGAGACCAGAAAGAGAUCAUGGACACAGACCCUGAGGUGCCAGGACGUAAUGGUCUAUCAGCAGCAGCAGGUGGAGGUGGAGGGUGGAAUGAUGGCACUCCUAGUCCUCAGGGAGGGAGGCCCCUGGUGCUGGGGGGUCAGGGAGGGCAUCCCUGCCAGACGAUUGGCUGGAAGUCCCACGGAGGCUUUGGAGGAGGCGGAGGGGCCUGCACCACAGGAGGAGGAGGGGGCGGCUUCAGAGGCGGGAAUACCUCGAAAGAGAAUGAUCCUAAAGUGGCUGGACAGGACGGCACUUCAUACAUCAGUCCAGAGGGCAGACUCUACCUGGAGGCCAUGAAAGUGGUGGACGGCGACGGCGAGGUCAUCGUUAUCCCCGUGCUGAACUGCAGCCACUGCGAGUCCAACGAGUGCCACCGAACGGAGGAAGGAAUCCAGUGUUAUUGCGAAGACGGGAUCCUGCUGGCCAAAGGGACCAUAAUGACCUGCCUUCAGGUCAACACUACAGGCAAGCCUCCGCUCUCUCACCUGGCCCUGGGGCUGUCCGUGGGCACCUCGGCCCUCAUCGCAGCUCUCCUGCUGGCCGUGUCUGGCGUCAUGAUCAUGUACAGACGAAAGCACACAGAGCUGCAGUCCAUUCAGCUGGAGCUGCAGAGUCCUGACUGCAAGCUGAGUAAGCUUCGGGCGUCCACCAUCAUGACUGACUACAACCCCAACUACUGUUUCGCUGGCAAGACGGUCUCAGUCAACGACCUGAAGGAGGUGCCUCGCCGUCACAUCUCCCUGACCAGGGGUCUGGGGCAUGGUGCGUUUGGUGAGGUAUAUGAAGGGCUUAUCACUAUACCAGGAGACUCCAGCCCCAUGCAGGUGGCAGUGAAGACUCUCCCAGAGGUGUGUUCUGAACAGGAUGAGCUGGACUUCCUGAUGGAGGCUCUAAUUAUCAGUAAGUUCAGCCACCAGAACAUCGUGCGGUGUGUUGGCGUGUGCCUGCAGGCUCUGCCGCGCUUCAUCCUGCUGGAGCUGAUGACGGGAGGUGAUCUCAAGAGCUUCCUGAGAGAGACUCGACCCAGACUGGACCAACCUUCCAGUCUCACGAUGGUGGACCUGCUGAACAUCGCUAGAGACAUCGCUCGGGGCUGUCAGUACUUAGAGGAGAACCAGUUCAUUCAUAGAGACAUAGCUGCAAGAAACUGCCUGCUCACCUGCAAGGGCCCAGAGAGGGUGGCCAAGAUUGGAGACUUUGGAAUGGCUCGAGACAUCUACAGAGCAAGUUAUUACAGGAAAGGAGGGCGUGCUAUGCUGCCAGUUAAAUGGAUGCCCCCCGAGGCUUUUAUGGAGGGGAUCUUCACGUCCAAAACUGACACAUGGUCCUUUGGGGUUCUGCUCUGGGAGAUCUUCUCCUUGGGUUACAUGCCGUAUCCCAGUCGGAGUAACCAGGAGGUUCUAGAGUUUGUCACUAAUGGAGGCAGGAUGGACCCACCCAAGGGAUGUCCAGGGCCUGUGUAUCGGAUAAUGACACAAAGCUGGCAGCAUCAACCCGAAGACCGACCAAAUUUCUGCACCAUCCUUGAGAGGAUUGACUUCUGCUUGCAGGACCCCGAGGUAGUGACCGCGCCUCUGGCUGUGGAGUACGGUCCCAUCUCUGAAGAGGAGGAGCGCGUAGCCUUGCAUCCAGAUGACCCCUCCAACCCGUCCCUGCUGGUGGCUGCCCAGGGCCCGCCGGAGGGAGCCGAGACCCCACCCAACCACUGUGAGGAGGCCAGGAAGAUGGGCGAAGCCCUGCUGCUGCCCGGACACCACCUGUCCGAGCCCAAGCCGGCCACGGUCCUGACCUCUCCUGCCCAGCCUCCGACCAAACAGCAUGUCCCACUCUCCCACAUGACCCUGUGCUCCAACACCACCGCGUCCUCCGUGGGUCAGUCCACCAUGACGUCCACCCCGGACGGAGGCCACGUCAACCUGGCCUUUACCCAGAUGCACCCGACCGAGAAGGACAGUCGCAACGGGAAGCCCACCAACCUGUGGAACCCCACCUACGGCUCCUGGUUCCUGCAGCAGCAGCAGAAGCAGCGGCAGCAACAACAACAGCAACAACAGCAGCAGCAGCAGCAGAGGCAGGCGAACAGUGGGCGGGUGCCUGGAGAAGGUCAGGAGCACACGGGCAGGACAGUGGCCGACCCGCUGGGCCUGCAGCAUCAGCACAAGCAGCAGCAGAUUCAGUUCCUUCAGCAGCAGCAGCAGCAGCAGCAGCAACAGCAACAGCAACAGCAACAACAGCAGCAGCAGCAGCAGAUCCAGUUCCAUCAGCAGCAACAGGGUCUCUGCCGGCCCCUGCUGCCUCCUCCCCCUCCCCCUGGCAUGACCCAGACUCCUCUGCUCCUGGAUUCGGCCGCCCUGCCCCCAGUGCCACUCUACAGACUGCGCCGCUUCCCCUGUGGCAACAUCGGCUACGGGUACCAGGAGCAGGGCCUGCCCAUGGAGUCGUCUAUGCCCAUGCCCCUGGCAGUGCCCACGCCGCAGCCCCCACCUCCUCUCCCUGGAGCGCAGAGACCCCUCUCUCUCGGCCGCACAGGGAACCCCGAGGAAAGCCGCCCACUCCUGGUCACCAAGGGGACGGUGCAGGACUCCAGGUUGCCCACGAUGGAGGGGCACAAUGCCACUGUACUUUAACAGCCUACCCCCCUCCCCUCAUCACAGUCCUAGGUCAAAGGUCAAUCAUCCUGUGCCAACACUGUGCCGUUGCCGAGAGGGUUGUUCUGUUCUGCUUGCCCAUCUCAAUUCCCCUACUCCCUGACCUGAGACCUGUAAACCCGUGAAGCCGUGUUCAGCCCUUUGUCUUUCCACUUAAAAAGAUUAUCUAGAUCAGACUUUUCACUGGUAAGGGAUAAGGGCAAUGCCAAUGGCUAUGUGGAAUUUUUCUUUUUCUUUUUUUUUUAAUCAGUGUCGUUAUUUUAUGAUUAAUAAUCAGGUCUGAUGAUGACACACAGCUGGUGGCUUUCUGUAUCACUCCCUUCUGGAGCCCUGUUAGAUUGAAAGUCGGGGGGUCAGGACAUUUUUAUUUUAAAGAAGGACCAAUCACAUGCGCUCACUUUCAAUAGGAUGCGACCUGCUCAUCUCAAGACUGCAGGAUGCCAGAGGCACUUUUAUCUUUGAGAAAAAGAUGUGUUUGUUUGUUGAUAUUUGCUUGCUUGCUUGUUUAUUUAUUCAUUUGUUUAUUUAUUAUUUGGAAGCUCUGUAAAUUAUUAAUGGUAGCAUUCCAUAUUUUUUUAGCUCUGUUGGGUUAAAAAUGUAAGUCCAACAUUAAAUUGAAUUAAAACACUUCUAAAGGGGCACUGCUGAAUGGACGGGUUGAGUGGAAAACUACAGCAAGCUUUUUCCAGUAUGUUGAACAUGUAUCUUGAUACUAAGAGUGGGUCCAUAUCGGCCCUGUUUCUAAAUAGUGUAUUUUUGUGUACAAGUGAUCAUUGAAAAUGGAUGGAUAUCAAAACAGUCAUAUUUUCAUGAAAUUCAACUUAUGUAAAUAGAAAGCAUUGAAAAGAUGUCAAUUACUUUUGCUUGGAUCUUGGUUGUUCUGUCUCAAGCAGUUGAGUAAGCAUUCUUGCCAGAGGCACACUUAAUGAAACCAUUACCUGUACUAAUGUCUAAAAUAUCUGUCUUUUCCAACAGCCUAAUUUUGACAUUGUUGUGUAGUUACCCUUUAAGUGUGUUUUAAUAUAUCAGAUAUUGAGCUUACAUAUUUUUCAUAAUUUCUAUCGAAGAGAAACUAUUGAAUAAUUGAAUGUUUUCCUCAAAAUGGAAAUAAUAUAUAUAUAAAUAAGAUUUGUAACUGUCUGUUAAAAAGCCACGUCCCAAUGCAGUAAUUCACCUGUGUCUGUUGAACAUAACAAAAAUACCAUUCCAGACAGUGGUAUCAGUCCUAAAUCAAGAGAUAAGGCCUCAGCAAAUUUUUCAAUGUACUAUUAAACUGGAUGGUCUGUAUCGCUAAUUCAACCUUUCAAAUUCUCAUCUCCCUGACAAACUGCACCUGAUAUAAAUAGUUCCAGCACUUUCUCAAUAUGUAUUCCUCAAUCUCUCUGACAAUUUUGUCACCUGUGUGUGAUUGACACAUUACACAUUUUAUUACAUUUCGUCAGUGGGAAUUAAGGUCUUGACCAUCAGUACGCAGCAGAUGUAAUAAAGAGAAAGGAUACUACGCAUCUCUGCCAGGACAUUCAGUUUAUAACACUGAAACACUUGUGUUGGACUUGUAUGAGAUUACCUUCUGUGAUAAUGGGUCAUUAAAGGCUUUGAGAGAAAAUAAUAGAUGGAUUUUAUGUACAGGUGAUGCAAGCAGCCAUUCCAUCAUUUACUUUUCUUAUUGGUUUAUUAAUUAAUUCUCCAGGUGAAUGGAGAGCAUGUUUGCAUUUUAAAGUUUAUUUUAAGCCAUCUCCUAUUGGGACAGAGCUGCCCUUGUAAAAUUUGUAUAGUAAUUAAACUAUUGUACUAUGUCUCUGGUAAAACCAUGUAAGUUGACCCUCAUUGGUGAGAAAACUAAUAAAUUGCUCUAUAAAAUCUA